UGACAUAAUAACGUAACCAAAAUAAAAGAAUUAUGACGACGGACAUUUCAAUUGUUCGAUGGGAUCCUAGUCAGGGUCCUGGCAACGAAUAUAUCGAUGAAUACGAAUACGAUGGCGGCAAUUCAAGUUCCCGCCUCUUUGAACGAUCCCGCAUCAAGGCAUUGGCCGAGGAGCGUGAGAGUGUCCAGAAGAAGACAUUCACCAAAUGGGUUAAUUCGCAUCUUUGUCGUGUAAAUUGCCGUAUUGCCGAUCUUUAUAUUGAUAUGCGUGAUGGCAAGCAUUUGAUAAAGCUAUUGGAGGUUCUAUCCGGUGAAAGAUUACCCAAACCGACAAAGGGUAAAAUGCGUAUCCAUUGCCUGGAGAAUGUGGACAAGGCAUUGCAAUUUUUACGUGAACAACGUGUUCAUUUGGAGAAUAUUGGCUCCCAUGAUAUUGUCGAUGGCAAUGCAUCGCUUAAUCUGGGUCUCAUUUGGACCAUCAUUUUGCGUUUCCAGAUUCAAGAUAUUACCAUCGAGGAAGUGGACAAUAAGGAAACCAAAUCGGCCAAGGAUGCCCUAUUGCUUUGGUGCCAGAUGAAAACAGCCGGCUAUCAUAACGUGAAUGUACGCAAUUUCACAACAUCGUGGCGUGAUGGCCUCGCCUUUAAUGCCAUUAUCCACAAACACCGUCCAGAUUUAGUGCAAUUUGAGAAGCUAUCGAAAACGAAUGCCAUACACAAUCUGAACAAUGCCUUUGAUGUGGCUGAAGAUAAAUUGGGUUUGGCCAAAUUGCUUGACGCCGAGGAUGUCUGUGUCGAUCAUCCGGAUGAGAAAUCGAUUAUCACCUAUGUGGUCACAUACUAUCAUUACUUUAGCAAACUAAAGCAGGAAACAGUCCAGGGUAAACGUAUUGGCAAAGUGGUUGGCAUUGCCAUGGAGAAUGAUAAGAUGAUCCAUGACUAUGAGCAUUUUACAAGCGACCUACUGAAAUGGAUUGAGACUACAAUUCAAUCGUUGGGCGAACGUGAAUUUGAGAAUUCACUUGCCGGUGUCCAAGGGCAAUUGGCGCAAUUCUCCAAUUAUCGUACAAUCGAGAAGCCACCAAAAUUCGUUGAGAAGGGCAAUCUGGAGGUAUUGUUGUUCACCCUGCAAUCGAAGAUGCGGGCCAACAAUCAGAAGCCAUACACACCCAAAGAGGGUAAAAUGAUAUCGGACAUUAACAAGGCCUGGGAGCGUCUGGAGAAAGCCGAACACGAGAGAGAGUUGGCCCUGCGCGAAGAGUUGAUACGCCAGGAGAAGCUCGAGCAAUUGGCUGCACGUUUCGAUCGCAAGGCAUCGAUGCGUGAGACCUGGUUGUCGGAGAAUCAACGUCUCGUUAGCCAGGAUAAUUUCGGUUUCGAUCUGGCGGCCGUUGAGGCGGCAGCCAAGAAGCAUGAAGCCAUCGAAACUGAUAUCUUUGCCUACGAGGAGCGUGUCCAGGCCGUUGUGGCCGUUUGCGAUGAGCUCGAAUCGGAACGCUAUCACGAUGUGAAGCGUAUCCUUUUGCGCAAGGAUAAUGUGAUGCGCCUGUGGACCUAUUUGCUGGAGCUUCUGCGUGCUCGUCGCAUGCGUUUGGAGAUCUCGUUGCAGUUGCAACAAAACUUCCAGGAAAUGCUCUACAUUCUGGACAACAUGGAGGAGAUCAAGCAGCUCCUAAUGACAGAUGACUAUGGCAAGCAUUUGAUGGGUGUAGAGGAUCUCCUGCAGAAGCAUUCUCUUGUCGAGGCCGACAUCAAUAUUCUGGGCGAGCGGGUCAAGGUUGUUGUCCAAAACUCGCAGAAGUUCCUCAGCGACGAUCCCGAAUCGUAUAAGCCUUGCGAUCCCGAGAUUAUUGUCAGUCGGGUUCAGCAAUUGGAAGAUGCCUACGCGGAGCUGGUGCGUCUUGCUGUCGAGCGUCGCAGCCGUCUGGAGGAGAGCCGUAAACUCUGGCAAUUCUAUUGGGACACCGCCGACGAAGAGAACUGGAUUAAGGAGAAGGAGCAGAUUGUCUCCACCGAUGAAAUCGGUCACGAUUUGACCACAGUUAAUCUUCUGUUGAGCAAGCACAAGGCUCUGGAAUCGGAGAUCACCUCACACGAUCCACAAUUGCAGAAUGUUGCCAAGGUGGGAGCCGAGCUCAUUACCGAGGGACACUUUGGUGCCGAUCGCAUCAAGGAUCGCUUGAAGGAGAUUCUAUCAAAGUGGGAUCAUCUGUUGGAUCUCACCAAGUAUCGUCGCCAACGUCUGGAGAAUGCUGUCGAGUAUUUCCAAUUGUUUGCCGAUGCCGACGAUGUGGAUAACUGGAUGCUCGAUACUCUGCGUAUUGUUUCCAGCGAGGAUGUCGGUCGCGAUGAGGCCAAUGUACAGUCGCUGCUUAAGAAGCACAAGGAUGUGGCCGAUGAGUUGAAGAACUAUGCCGAGGUGAUCGAUGCCCUUCACAAGCAGGCCGAAACCCUCAAACUCAAUGAGGCGGAGAAGGCUAAUGUGGACAAGCGAUUGGAAGACAUCGAUAGUCGUUACAAGGAGCUAACCGAACUGGCCAAGUUGCGUAAGCAGCGUCUCCUCGAUGCCCUCAGUCUGUAUAAGCUGAUGUCUGAGGCUGAUGGCGUGGAGCAAUGGAUUAAGGAGAAGACCAAAAUGUUGGACACCAUGGUGCCGGGUAAGGACAUCGAGGAUGUUGAGAUUAUGAAGCAUCGCUUCGAGGGCUUCGACAAAGAGAUGAAUGCGAAUGCCUCGCGUGUGGCUGUGGUUAAUCAAUUGGCCCGCCAGCUCCUCCAUGUCGAGCAUCCCAAUUCCGAUGAGAUUCUCGAACGUCAGAAUCACCUUAACCAGGAGUGGUCAACGCUGCGCGAGAAGGCCGAAGCCAAGAUGGAUGACCUCAAGUCGGCCCAUGGCGUUCAGACCUUCUACAUUGAAUGCCGCGAAACUAUCUCGUGGAUUGAGGACAAGAAGCGCAUUCUCACCGAGACAGACAGCCUGGAGAUGGAUCUAACUGGUGUCAUGACCCUGCAGCGUCGUCUCAGUGGCAUGGAUCGCGAUUUAGCUGCCAUUCAGGCCAAAUUGUCCAGCUUGGGACGCGAGGCCGAUAGCAUUGAGGCUGAACAUCCCGAGGAGGCGGCUCUCAUUCGUGAACGUAUUGCACAGAUUGAGCUCAUUUGGGAGCAAUUGACCCAGAUGCUGAAGGAGCGUGAUUCCAAAUUGGAGGAGGCUGGUGAUUUGCAUCGCUUCUUGCGCGAUCUGGAUCACUUCCAGACCUGGUUGACCAAGACCCAAACAGAUGUGGCUUCCGAGGAUACGCCCACAUCGCUGCCAGAGGCCGAGAAGCUGCUCAAUCAGCAUCAAUCCAUACGCGAGGAGAUCGACAACUAUACCGAGGACUACAAGAACAUGAUGGAAUACGGCGAACGUUUGACAUCCGAGGGUAGCACCUCAGAUGAUCCACAAUAUAUGUUCUUGCGCGAGCGUCUCAAUGCCCUUAAGGACGGUUGGGAGGAGCUCCAUCAGAUGUGGGAGAAUCGUCAGGUGUUGCUGUCCCAGAGCUUGGAUCAGCAGCUCUUCAAUCGCGAUGCCCGCCAGACAGAGGUGCUGCUUAGCCAGCAGGAACAUUUCCUCAGCAAGGAUGAUACGCCCGUUAAUCUGGAGCAGGCCGAGAAUCAAUUGAAACGUCACGAGGCCUUCCUUACCACCAUGGAGGCGAAUGAUGAUAAGAUUAAUACCCUGCUGCAGGUUGCCGAUACUUUGGUCGAGAAGGAUCAUUUCGAUGCCGAUAAGAUUGGCAAGCGGGCCGAGAAUAUCACCGGGCGGCGUGAUGACAAUCGUCAGCGCGCUUUGGAUCAGCACGAGAAGCUGAAGAACCAGGUGAAGUUGCACGAAUUCUUGCAGGAUCUGGAGGAACUCGCCGAAUGGGUGCAGGAGAAAUAUGUCACUUCGCAGGAUGAGACAUACAGGAGCGCCAAGACAAUUCACUCCAAGUGGACCCGUCACCAGGCCUUUGAGGCUGAAAUUGCCGCCAAUAAGGAGCGUUUGUUUGAGGCUGAGAAAUCCGCCCAGGAGCUGUCCAAGGAGAAGCCCGAAUUCAAGGAUGUUAUCGAGCCCAAACUGAAGGAGUUGGCCAAACAAUUUGAUGACCUGGAAGUCCAUACCAAGGAGAAGGGCGCCAUGCUGUUCGAUGCUAAUCGCGAGGUUCUCGUCCAACAGACAUGCGAUGACAUUGACUCGUACAUUACGGAUCUGGAGAAGCAGAUCGUGAGCGGCGAUACGGCCAAUGAUCUGACCUCGGUCAACAUUCUGAUGCAGAAACAACAAGUCAUUCAGACCCAGAUGGCGGUAAAGGCCCGCCAAGUGGAGGAGAUAGACAAGCAGACCGAAUAUCUACAGAAGACCGUGCCCGAGGAGAAGAUCGAACCGAUUGUGGUGAAGAAGACAGCCGUGCUGGAGCGUUUCGAGAAGAUCAAGGCUCCGCUGCUGGAGCGCCAGAAGGCGCUCGAAAAGAAGAAGGAAGCCUUCCAGUUCUGUCGCGAUGUCGAGGAUGAGAAGCUGUGGAUCGAUGAGAAGCUGCCCGUGGCUAAUUCCAAUGACUAUGGCAACUCGCUGUUCAAUGUUCAUGUCCUGAAGAAGAAGAACCAGUCCCUGGCCACAGAGAUCGAUAACCAUGAGCCGCGCAUCAAUGCCAUUUGCAAUAAUGGCCGCAAAUUGAUCGAUGAGGGUCACGAGGACGCCAAGAAAUUCGAAGCAUUGAUUAGUGAUCUAACCCAGAAAUGGCAGGAACUCAAGGAUGCCAUUGAGAACCGUAAGAAGCAUCUAUUGGAGUCCGAGAAGGUGCAACAGUAUUUCUUCGAUGCCCAGGAGGCCGAAUCGUGGAUGAGCGAACAGGAGUUGUACAUGAUGGUCGAGGAUCGCGGCAAGGAUGAGAUUAGUGCCCAGAAUCUGAUGAAGAAGCACGAGAAUCUAGAGCAAUCCGUUGAGGACUAUGCCAAUACCAUACGCCAACUGGGCGAGGUGGCCCGGCAAUUCAGUGGCGAUGACGUUUCUAGCGGUGAUGCUGUCGCCGUCAAGCAAUCCCAGUUGGACAAACUCUAUGCUGGCUUGAAGGAUUUGGCUGGCGAGCGUCGGGCACGCCUCAACGAGGCCCUCCAAUUGUUCAUGCUGAGCCGCGAGGUAGAUGAUCUCGAGCAAUGGAUAACCGAUCGCGAGGUGGUUGCCGGUUCUCAGGAAUUGGGACAAGAUUUCGAUCAUGUUACAUUGUUGUCGGAGCGAUUCAAUGAAUUUGCCCGCGACACCGAGGCGGUGGGUGGCGAGCGUGUGGCCAAGGUUAAUGGCAUUGCCGAUAAUCUCAUUUUGGCCGGACACUCGGAUUCCGCAACAAUUGCCGAAUGGAAGGACAAUCUGAAUGAAUCGUGGCAGGAUCUGCUCGAAUUGAUUGAAACACGCACCCAAAUGUUGGCCGCAUCGCGGGAAUUGCACAAAUUCUUCCACGACUGCAAGGAUGUGCUGGGCCGCAUCCUGGAGAAGCAGCACGGCGUGUCCGAUGAGCUGGGCCGCGAUGCUGGCUCCGUUUCAACACUGCAGCGCAAACACUACAAUUUCCUGCAGGAUUUGACCACCCUGUACUCGCAGGUGCAACAAAUUCAAGAGGAGUCGGCCAAACUCCAAGACGCCUAUGCCGGCGACAAGGCCAAGGAGAUAACCAAUCGCGAACAGGAAGUCCUCCAUGCCUGGGAUAAUCUGCAGGCGAUGUGCGAUGCCCGCAAACAGAAACUGGCCGAUACCGGCGAUCUCUUCCGCUUCUUUAACAUGGUGCGCAUUCUCAUGAUCUGGAUGGAGGAUCUGGUGCGUCAAAUGAACACAUCCGAGAAGCCACGCGAUGUCUCCGGUGUCGAAUUAUUGAUGAACAAUCACCAGAGCCUGAAGGCAGAGAUCGAUACACGUGAGGAUAACUUCGGUGCCUGCAUAUCUCUGGGCAAGGAGCUGCUCACACGUAAUCAUUAUGCCUCUGCGGAUAUUAAGGAUCGCCUGCUCCAGCUAAGCAAUAGUCGCAAUGCCCUGCUCCGACGCUGGGAAGAGCGCUGGGAGAAUCUACAGCUGAUCCUGGAGGUCUAUCAAUUCGCCCGAGAUGCUGCCGUUGCCGAAGCUUGGCUGAUUGCCCAAGAACCUUAUCUGUUAUCUUCGGAAUUGGGACACACGAUCGAUGAAGUUGAGAAUCUGAUAAAGAAACACGAGGCAUUCGAAAAAUCUGCAGCCGCCCAAGAGGAGCGCUUCAGUGCCCUUGAGCGUUUGACAACGUUUGAGCUUAAGGAAAUGAAGAGGCGACAGGAGCUGGCGGAAGAGGCUGAAAGACAACGCAUCAAGGAGGAGCAAGAAGCUAAGGCUGCAUCAGAGGCGGCGGAACAGGCCAAACGUGAGGCUGAGAGACGAGAUGAUGUCGAUGUGGGCAUUUCCCAUGAUGAUGCAGCUGCCAAAGACAUGGCUGUCGAAUUAGAGCGCGUUGUCGAGACUCAAACAGAGCGAGGCGCCACACCAGGUGCUGCUGGUGAGGGUCAAGAGGGCUAUGUGACACGAAAACAUGAAUGGGAUUCCACCACCAAGAAGGCCUCCAACAGAUCUUGGGACAAGGUUUACAUGGCUGCCAAAAGUGGACGCAUUUCAUUCUUUAAAGAUCAGAAGGGUUACAAGAGUAAUCCCGAAUUGACCUUCCGCAGCGAGCCCAGCUAUGAUCUGCAAGGAGCUGCCAUCGAAAUUGCCAGUGAUUAUACCAAGAAGAAGCAUGUGCUGAGAGUAAAGCUCGCCAAUGGUGCUGAGUUCUUGCUGCAGGCCCACGAUGACACUGAGAUGUCCCAAUGGGUUUCAUCCCUGAAAGCCCAAAGCGAUUCAGCGGCUGUGGCAGCCAGCAGAUCCCAGACUCUGCCAGCCACUUCACAGAAGGAUGAACCAAAGCGCCGAUCAUUCUUUACUUUGAAGAAAAAGUAAAAAACUUCAACCAUAAGAGGGUUAAAUAAUAAAAUGAAAAAAGAGAGCAGCUAAUUAAAAACAAAAAACUGAGAGAGGAUAACAAACAACAACAACAACAAAAAACAAAUACAAAAGAAAACAAAAAUAAAAAAAAUCUAUAUAUAUUUUUUUUCAUAUAUUUAAAAGAAAACAAAAAAAAACAAAAAAAAACCAAACAAAUCUUAUUUCGUAAAACAAAAAACUUGCAAGAGAAACGAGCAAAACGUAAACAAUUAUUAUGCUUAUUAAAUUUGCACGAUAAACAAAAUACUGCUAUUAUUGAUUAAAAAAAAAACGU